GUUACACCGGGCGGGCGGGCGGGCGCGUAGGGAGCGGCCGAAGAUGAUGGAGUAUCAGGCUGGUUUUCCCGGCGCCGCUUCCGAUAACGACGGCGAGGAGGAAGACGAGGGCGGAGAAAAAUAUAGACUCCUCCCUGGGGUAGCGUGGCGGAGCCAGGUGUGUACUGGUGGUGUGGAGAGUGUUUGUCACAAGGAGCAGGAGUUGAUGAAGAAGACAGUGGAGUGCAGAUGGAAGCUGGCUGAAGCUCAGCAGAGACUUUGCAAUUUGGAGCUGCACAACUCUGAGUCUUUGGAACAAGAGCGUGCCAAAGCACAGACUGAAUACUGGGAGCUGAAAAAGAAAGAGGAUGAAUGGAGGCAAAAGGAAGAAGAGCUGAUCUGGAAUGAGAGAAUGAGUUCGUGGAAUAUUGAUACAGUCAGUAAAGAAGUAUUUAAUAAGAGUGUGAUCAACAAAAGUACAAAAUGUAAAGAAGCAGAGGAAGACAAAUAUGGAAAAAAUGCAACAUUUGCACAGAAAUACGAACAACAGAUCAGGCACUUUGGCAUGUUGAAGCGUUGGAUUGACAGUCAGAGAUACUUGUCAGAUCAUUCCCACCUAGUUUGUCAAGAAACUGCUAAUUAUUUGAUAAAGUGGUGCUUUCAUUUAAAAGAGGAGGAGAAACAAGCACUGAUGGAGCAAGUGGCACAUCAGGCUGUCGUUAUGCAGUUCAUUGUAGAACUGGGCAGAAGCCUUCAACAGGAUCCCCGGGGCUGCUUCCGACAGUUUUUUGAAAAAGCAAGGAUAGCCGAAGAGGGAUACAUGGACGCCUUUAACGCUGAACUAGCAGCAUUCAUCCAGCGGGUACGAGAAUUUGCCAAUACGGUGCCACUACAGAAAGCAGCCCAACACCAGAAUCACUUGGAUGCUCGUGGUCGGUAUCCUGUGGAGGUGUUCGAGUCUUUGCCACAGGUUGCUGAACAAUAUUUGCAGCACUAUAUUGAUGCUGGACUAAGGAUCUACAGUACUCAAGAAGCCAAAGAGGAAAGAAAUGAGGAGCCUAGAAUGGACAUAUCAUAAGCGUUUAGCAAUAAUGCUGCCUACUAGAAAUAUACAUAAACAUUUUCACUACAGUGGAAGAAAAACCGGCUAUUUUUGUAUGUAACUGGUAACUUGCCUGUUCGAAUGCUGCACUUUAUUCGUCAGGAGUGUUUAAAAAAAGUUUUAUUGAAACCUGAACUGUUGGCAGUAUGAAUUGGAUGCUUAAGUGUCUUGAUGCUGGCUGUUUUGGAAUACAGUACAGGAUUUGUGGAUAAAUGUUCUGUCCUUUCCCACCUGAGCUCAGACUAUGAUACCUACUGGGUAGAUUCAACAGUUAUCUACAGAAGGUUUUCCCUUCACCAUUAUUCUGAUUAGGUUUCUUACAGGUGUGAAGUUCCUAACAACUGAGGCAGAGCAUCCCUGUAGGAAAUAAUGUACUUAAAACCAAUGUUUUAAGAGUAAAGGGAAUUGUGCCUUUGACUUUAGCUGCAGGGCGUACAUUUUUUUAGUGCAAGCAAUAAACGUGUUGAACGUGAACGGAUUUCCCCACCCAUCCUAAUACUUCACUAAUGUUAGUGGAAUAUUUUCACGACUAUGUUAUUGUUUAAAAUACACCAUAAUUUGGACAAAUUGGCACCUGCCUGAAGCUUUAUAAAAUAAGAAUUCAUAGGAAACAUAGGCACAUUCAAAGCAAAUCCAAAUAUACCAACUUCCCUUGUCUCUCAGCAUUCAUAUUUGCAUUUUAAGUUUGCUUGACAACUUGGCACAUCUUGAGUUCUUAUUCAGGAAAUGUUUUGGUACCCGGAGUGCUAAAAUGAUGUUCCACUUUCAUGAAAACAAUGCUUUGGCUUUGGAGUCGAUGCAGUCAUGGUCUGACUGGCCCAGAAUCUGUUCACUGCUUUGGGAAAGAACAGAGGGAUGGGAUGCAUUCUUUAGAAAUGAGAACAAACUACAUUUGCUGUGAUGUACAGAGAAUGUGUUUCAAGGCUUUUCGAUUUGGUGUGAGUCAGACUGAUUUCAUGUCAAAUUGUGUGUAAACACUUUCAAAUUAGCAGCACGAUAAUAAAAGUAGCUGCUUCUUGGUCCAGGGUUAUCUGGAUCACAGGAGCAGGAUUAAGUAAUUAUUUUGCAAGGGCAUAGUUUACUGAAUGGUUUCCAAUCAACCUGUAAAUUACAAUGAGCCUUGUUGUAUAUUUUAGGCCUCAAACAGUGAAAUCUUGAAAAUCAGGAUAAAUUUAAGGAGACUUCUACAUUUCUGGCUGCUUGAAGCUGCAGUGAUUUAGCAGAGGUAAUCCAUGGAAAAACACUGACAUUUUGUGUUCUUGUGAAUAAAUGUACUGGCAUUUGUGAAGAGUGAGUGAAACGAGUAUAAAGAUAUUGUUGAUUGACAAAUGAAACCUGUUACACAGGGGCACGAUGUUGCCUUGUGUUUGGCAAUGCAUACUCCAUUUUGAAGAGUUUAAACCUGUAAUACUGGACUGAGCUGCAUUGUAAAUUGGUGCCCAUUGACUGCAGAGACUUGAUUCCAAGUGAUUGGUCUCUUUGUGGCUUCAUUCAGUUCUCAGUUUAAUCACCGUUUAUCAUGUAAUUGCUUGUGGAUGUUUUUUGCCAAGUCUAUCUACAAAUCUGUAUAUGUGUGCUGCAAAACAGAAAUGUGCACCUUUCUGGUAAGAAUGCCGAGUGGUCACUUAGUUCUUGCACUGAUUUACUUACUAUGCCUUUUAACAAGAGAAUUAGUUGCUUGGUAUGAAUAAACAUGAAAAUAAGAGUUUUA